GAGGCUAAACUGGACAUUUCUAGACUUCUCUACCAAGUCAUAUCUCAUAUCCCCCGAAACAGUCAGGGGCUGAGGGAGGCGCCGCCUGGGUGGAGUGGAGAGCUGGAGGCAGAUCGAAAUAAAGAGCACCUUCCGAACCGACGUCCUCGCCAACGUCGUCUCAAACGUGCCCCUCACGAGACCGUCCUCCAAAAUCCUGAAACCUAUAUAAUUCCCGCUCCAUCACCGGCCGGACGCCUGAUCCGAGCCCCUGAGUCCUGAUAGUACACGACAGGCACCGCAGCAGACCGGCCGGACUCGGCGCCAAGCGCGAUGGAUUUGUCAUCCGACGACGUGAAGGCGGCGAACAUGCGGCCUGCGGUUGCUGCUGCCGACGGCACGUCGACGCUUCUGCGGGGUUGGCGGGAGUUCAUGCGGAGCGGCGCGCCGGCGAGGUUCCUCUGUUAUGAGGACGGCAAGUGGAUCGGUAUCACCGGAGAGGCGGUGCCGCAGCUGCGCCAGGCGUUCCAGGAGAGGAGGGCGAUGGCCGAUGCUUCGUACGGGGGCAAGGCGUACCUGUUCGACUUCCUCCGCAUGAUCAGGAUCGACGAGGUCACCGGCGAGGAGACCGGGCUGGCGUGGAUCGACGACCGCGGGGACUGCUUCUUCCCGGCGCCCGACUGCGGAGGGAGGAAGCGCAAGAGGGACGACGAGCCGGCGGAGGACGAGGCCGAGUCAUCCUCGGGCGUGGACGUGCGCUCAGGGGAGAGACACGGCGUGGACGCCAAGAAGAUGAAGGCAUGGGAGAACGCGGCGGUGAGGCUCGAGGAGAACGACAUGUACUACCAGGUCGUCAGCAAGCUAUUCCUCAGCUAUGGGAUGGCGCAACGCGGCGCGGCGAUCACGGAGGUGCGCAAGAUCGCGCCCGGCGCGAGGACCGUGGCGUUCCGGGAACAGGGGCAGCGCCUCGCCUACGCGCGCUGCACAGCCACCGGCACCGCCAAGUUCGCAUGGUACGGCGCCUCGGAGGACGACGUGGCCGCCGUCGUCGAGCGAGGAUUCGUGAGGAACAACGCGCCAAGGCUGGGCGCGCGCAAGCACGGCGACGGCGUUCAUCUUUCGCCGGCGCAGUGCCCUUACACGAGUGCCAUGCUGGCCAAGGCAGACGGGAGCGACGAGGCGCACAUCGUGCUGUGCCGCGUGCUGAUGGGCCGGCCGGAGGCUGUCCCGGCAGGAUCUUCGCAGUUCUGCCCCAGCAGCCGCAGCUACGACAGCGCCGUGGAUAAGCUGGAGAAUCCACAGUGGUACGUUGUGUGGAACAUGGAUAUGAACACGAGGAUCCUCCCGGAAUACGUGGUCAGCUUCAAGUGCUCCAAGCUGCAACAGAUGCGAGAAUCAUCAGAAGCGACUUCAAAGCUGAAGAAGCCGGCACCAGUGGCUCGCGACAUGUUCCCGACGCUUCUUGCAGAGAUCCAGCAGAUCGUGCCAGACAAGUGUGAUCUAUUGCAGGAGUCAUACAAAAACUUCAAGAUGGGUCAGAUUAAGAAAGACCAGUUCAUCCAGUUCCUCCGCAAUUACGUCGGAGACGAAGUGCUGAAAACCGUGGCCAAGAAACUUCGACGAUGCUAAAUUUCUAGUGCGCGGUGCGACAUCAUUAUCUCCUUGAUUUCUACUCGAGCUGUCUGUAGUAGUGCUCAGUAGAGAUGAGGAGGUUCACUUCUGUUUCUGUUGAUUCAAGUUUCUGUCAAGGGCUUAUAGGGGGUUUGGCGCGCUGUUCUUACAUUAACCAACAGUCCAACACAAAGGAUAGAUGCAGUUUCUGAUACUGAGACGUUUCGAUUCUUCUUUUAGUGUCCUGCAGCCUGUGAUAAUCUGUACAGACUGAAAUGAUAUAUGCAUAAAUGGAACCAUUGUUGAGCUGGCCAGUCGCUCCAAAGUUU